GAUUAUGACUGACACUACGAUAAGCGAUAAUACCACUGACAGUAAUGACAGAAAAAAGCAAAACAAUUCCGUGAUCCAUCCAUCGAAAACAUUUACAUAAAUAUAAUAUUAUAAUGGUACGUAGACAGCGCGAACAGAGCACCACUGAAGACGAAAUCGUCAUUGAUGCUCCAUCGAACAAAAAACAUAAAAAACGCAAGCAUCAUCAUAAAAAAAGAAAAAUCGACGAUGAAUUCGAUAGUGACACAUCGAUUGACGUAUCUUACGAAGAUGCAGGCGACAAACCAUUCAAAGUGAAGAUGAAAGGUGGUAAAGAUUUAUUAGGAACUUCAGCUGCCGAUAUUCUCAAAGCUCAAACAAUGAAGUCCUCUUCGGAUUCGCGGCGCUCAAUGCCUGGAUCCUCUUCCAGUACUCCACCAAAGGCCUCAUCAAAAAGAAAGAAAAAAGGUCGAGAUAGUGGUACAUCAAGUGAAGAAGAACGCUGGCUUGAUGCUAUAAAAUCUGGCAAACUUGAAGAGGUUGAUGAAGAGUUAAAGAAAAUAAAACCUAAAGAUCCUAAAAUGAUGACAGCAAGACAAAGAGCAAUGUAUGAACGAGGCACAGAUAAAGAAACCAGUCCAGGUGGUGAAGUGCUCCUUGCAUUACCAUCAGGAUAUAAAGAGAAAGUCAUGACUGCAGAAGCCAUACAAAAGGCUGCUUUGAAAUCACAGAAAAGGAAACAAAUGGCUGAUGAAAAAAGAGAAAAAGACAAAAAGAAAACAAUGGACAGACUUCUCAAAAAACAAGAAUCAAAGAAUUUGAAAAACAUGCUUAAAGGCAAACCUAUUAAAAAGCAGGAGCCGAUGAUUGUGUAUAGAAACAAUAAUGAUGAAAUAACACUAUCAUUACCACCAGGAGAAGAUUUCCCAUUAGAGAAGAAGCCACCUAUUGAAUCUCCGAAGCCAAUAAUAUGUGGGGUUACCGAAUGCACCAACAUAAAAAAAUAUAAUUGCUCUAAAACAGGAGUACCAUUGUGCAGUUUAGAAUGCUAUAAAAAAAAUCUACUGACUAUAGCCUCUUAGUAAUAAUUAUUAUAGUUGUAAAAUAAAACUAUUUUUCAGAUUUUAUAGCAGUUUUAAGUAACACGCCGCCCCACAACCAAGAGGGCUGAGAAGUCUUCGAAAGUCUGGGAGACAAUUAUAAUAUAAAAACUGCAAUACAAUCUGCAAAAUAGUUUUAUUUUAAUGUCAUUUAUGUAAACAUAAGCAAUCAAUUAUUAUAGUUUGUAAAUACUAUGUACACUGAUUAGUCCUGAGUUUUCUUUGUAACCAGCAAGUAAUGUUAAUCUAGUGGUACCCAAUGUAUAUUAUAAUUGUUUAUUGUACCCACUUGGUUACAGUUCCAGUUUGAUGGUAAAACAUGGUUUUAACAUAUCUAAAUGCCAUACUUGUAAAAAUAUGUUUGUGAAGAUGGGUAUGAGGAACUUAUUAAAAUAAAUAUAGAUUAUACUGUCUGAUUGUAUCAGCCUGUAAU